AUGCCCAUCUUUAUGUUGCAAGUUGCAAAUACGACCAUAAAAUUUGCAGAACUUGAUAGUUUUCUGGGGGUGGUUCUUAAAGAUUUCCCCCUCCUAAACUUUGACAUUCCUCUGGAACCAUGUGGGAGUGAUGGCAUUUGGGAUUUCGUGAAAAACGCCUUAACUAUUAGGGGUUAUGUUUAUGAUGCAGCAGCGAAGUUGAGUGAUGUGUGGGAUGAUCUAGAGGAACCCUGUAAACAAGCAAAAAAUAGCUG